AAUGCAUCUGGCUUCCAGGCACAGAUCAAGUACAGAGGCAGGCUCUCUGUGUCCCUGGAGAAUCUAGCUGAGACUUAAUAUAGCUGGCUUUAUAAGUGAGUGGAAAGAGGAUCCCGAGCAGGACAGGCUGCGGGCCUCCUGUCUUUACAGAUGAAAUUUUCUUGUUCUCUUCUGCCCUGAGUGUUUCCCAAGCAUGCAGGUGACAAGCUUAUUAAUUUUGGUGGGAUUUAUAGCGGAGUUUCAAAUCUUUUCAAGAGCCUCCUCUCCAGUCAACUGCAAGUGGGACUCCUAUGGCCCUUGGUCAGAAUGCAAUGGCUGUACCAAGACUCAGACGCGAAGGCGUUCGGUUGCUGUUUAUGGGCAAUAUGGAGGCCACUCAUGUGUGGGGAGUGCUUUUGAAACACAGUCCUGCAACCCUGAACGAGGCUGUCCGACUGAAGAGGGCUGUGGGGACCGCUUUAGGUGUUUUUCAGGUCAGUGCAUCAGCAAAUCAUUGGUUUGCAAUGGGGAUUCUGACUGUGAGGAAGAUGGUGCUGAUGAAGACAGAUGUGAAGAUGGAGAAAGCAGACCUUCCUGUGACAUUGAUAAACCUCCUCCCAACAUAGAACUUACCGGCAAUGGUUACAACGCACUUACUGGCCAGUUUAGGAACAGAGUCAUCAACACCAAAAGUUUUGGUGGUCAGUGCAGGAAAGUGUUCAGCGGGGAUGGAAGAGAUUUCUACAGGCUAAGUGGAAAUAUCCUCUCUUAUACAUUUCAGGUCAAAGUAGAUAAUGAUUUUAACUAUGAAUUUUACAACAGCAGUUGGUCUUACAUAAAGCACACAUCCACAGACCAUACAUCAUCUAGUUCAAAACGGUUCUUAUUUUUCUCCUCCUCGUCGAAUCAACACACUCAGACUUCAAAUACCAAGGAAAUCUAUAUGAAAAAGAGUUAUAAAUUGUUGGUUGUUCAGAACACUGUUGAAGUGGCCCAGUUCAUUAAUAAUAAUCCUGAAUUUUUACAACUUGCUGAGCCAUUCUGGAAGGAACUCUCUCAUCUUCCCACUCUGUAUGACUACAGUGCCUACCGACGGUUAAUUGACCAGUACGGAACACAUUACCUGCAGUCUGGGUCCUUAGGAGGAGAAUAUAGAGUUCUAUUUUAUGUGGAUUCAGGAAGUGUCAAACACAGUGGUUUUGGGUCAACCCAGGAGAAGGCAUGUUCAUCUUCAGACUUCCAGUUUAUUUUUGUAGCAUCAGCUGAUCAGAGAUGUAAGGAACUGGAAGAUGCUUUCAAAUCAACUUCAGGAAACCAGGGCAGGGUGCUUCGAGGAGAGCCAUUUGUCAGAGGUGGAGGCCCUGGCUUUGUAGCUGACCUUAGUUUUCUAGACCUGGAUAAUCCUGCUGGAAAUAAACAGCGAUAUUCCUCCUGGGCCAGCUCUGUAACCAAUCUUCCCCAAGUCAUAAAACAAAAGCUGACGCCAUUGUAUGAGCUGGUCAAGGAGGUGCCCUGUGCCUCUGUGAAAAGACUGUACCUGAAGCGGGCUCUUGAGGAGUACUUGGAUGAAUUUGACCCCUGCCAUUGCCAGCCUUGCCAAAAUGGUGGCCUCGCUACUGUUGUGGGGACACGGUGCCAGUGUCACUGCAAACCAUACACAUUUGGUAUGGCAUGUGAGCAAGGAGUCCUUGUUGGCAAUCAAGCAGGAGGGGUUGACGGAGGUUGGAAUUGUUGGUCCUCUUGGAGCCCCUGUGUUCAAGGGAGGAGAUCAAGGAGCCGAGAGUGCAACAAUCCCCCUCCCAGAGAGGGUGGAAAGUCCUGUAUUGGAGAAACGACUGAAAGCAGGCAGUGUGAAGACCAGGACUUGGAGAACUUGCGAUUACUUGAGCCACAUUGCUUUCAUUUGUCUUUGGUUCCAAAAGGAUUCUGCCCAUCACCCCCUGCCUUAAAAGAUGGAUUUGUUCAAGGUGAAGGUACCAUGUUUCCUGUUGGGAAAAACAUAGUUUAUGCUUGUAAUGAAGGGUAUUCUCUUAUCGGAGAUCCUGUUGCCAGAUGUGGAGAAGACUUACAGUGGCUUAUUGGAGAAAUGCGUUGUCAAAAAAUUGCCUGUUUUUUACCUGGAGUGAUGAAUGACAUGCAGAGUCACCCCCAGAAACCUUUUUACACGGUUGGUGAGAAGGUGACCCUUUCCUGUGUGGGUGAUAUGUCCUUAGAAGGUCCUUCAACCUUCCUCUGUGGUUCCAGCCUUAAGUGGAGUCCUGAGCUGAAGAGUGCCCAGUGUGUGCAAAAAGUUACCAGCACUCUACCACCAGCAGCUCCUGUGUGUCGGCCUUGGGAGAAACUGCAGAACUCAAAAUGUGUCUGUAAAAUGCCCUAUGAGUGUGGAUCGUCCUUGGAUGUAUGUGCCCGAGAUGAGAGAAGCAACAGGAUUCUGUCUCUGACCAUCUGCAAGAUGCAUGUUCUUCACUGUCAGGGAAGAAAUUAUGCUCUCGUUGGCAAGGACAGCUGUACUCUGCCUGCCUCGACUGAGAAAGCCUGUGGUGCAUGCCCAAUAUGGAGCAAAUGUGAUGAUCAGAACAGCAAAUGUGUCUGCAGAGAAGCAUCAGAGUGCCAGAGAGCAGGCUACAGAAUCUGUGUGGAAGUGAAUGGCAAAGAGGAGACGAUGUCUGAGUGUGAGGCUGGCAUCUUAAGGUGCAGAGGGCAGAGCAUCUCCAUCACAGCCAUAAAGCCCUGUGCCGAAGAAGAAGCCCAGUAGGACCUGGAGGGGGUGGGGCUUGAUCCUCUUCAUCAGAAUCUAGUGUGCAAUGGAUGCUGGGUUAAAAUAUCUGUAACUGGUCCUUAGACCAUUUUCCCAGCAGGAAGGCACAAUCCUUUCCCCUUUCUCUCCAAUAUUUACUUCUCUCUUCUGUGUUUAGCCACCUGUGCCAACAAACUCUUUGUUUUCUCAAACCCCAGUCCAAAUUUCCUUCCUUUACAAGUUGUGGGAUGAGGAACACUCAUGAACCAUGGCACACCGAGCUAUUUGUGAGGUUUUAGAAAAAUGCAUUGGGUUUGACUUUUUUUUUGUCUGUAAACUUACAGGAUGAGACUAGAGACACAUGUUUUCCAUUCAUUCAUCCAUAUGAUUUUGUUGAGUAUGAUUGACCCAGUCCAUUGGCCUGUGUACCUCCUCUGAGUUGAUUAGGAAAACAGAAAGAAUGCAAUUUUCUGAUUAGGGAGGUUGACUUUCCUCAAUGAAAUCAAGCACACACACACGCACACACGCACACACACACACACACACACACACACACACACACACACACACACACACAUUGGGAGAAACCGACAGAUGUAAUUAUUCCCAUCCUGAGAGGUAAUGUCACGCUUCACCCUCCUAAGUCAUCCCCACAUGUAGGAUCCUUCCUCUUGUCAGAAGAUCAAACUACUUAAAUGUCAGAGUAGAAUUCAUCAUGCUAUGGUCACAGGGCACCGUCUGUCUUCUUGUCUGAGAACAAAUAUGAUUCAGUCUCUUGGGGGUUUUCUUUAGUAUGUGUCAAAUACAAACCUGAAAAUCACUCUGCUUUUGAGAGAAAGCAGUCCUUUUGCUAGAGCUAUUGAGUGAUGCAUAUUCGAGAAUAAUCUUCCCUAAUGUGGUUACCACCCUAGAUUUUUUCAGAAGCACACAAUUUAAGACAUUGGUAUUUGCUUUAUUUCUUAUUCAUCUUUCAUUAAAUAUAACAACAACAAAAAAUCCAGCUGUGGAAGGUGAAGUGUGUGGGCUUAAAUAAAGCUUAAAAUACGUACAAACACCA